AUGCUUGGUCCGCACCCUGGAUGGGAGGACUAUUCAACCAUUAUCUUUUCGGUGUUCGGGGGUUGCUGCACUAAUGCUUUCUGUCUAGAGAGUCUUCUCAAGGACAAUGCUGACCUAGGAUCAGCGCUUACUUUCCUUCAGCUCCUAUAUAUUUCGUUUCAAUCUGCACCGUCGUUCAUAGACUUCCGAGAGUGGCUGCCGAGAUUAAAGCCACGCAGUGUUCCAUUAAAACUAUGGCUUCUUCAAGUUGUACUCCUCACGAGACUAGUCGUUGCCAUGUGUAUUGGCUACCUUUUCUUAAAUAAACGUUACACAAGAAUGCAAGUUGGCGCCGUCAUACUCGUUACAAUCGGUGUGGUGACUGCCACGCUCUCGAAACCCGCCCCUCCUCGUAUCCCAUUUCGCCAUGGUGUAUACCCACCUCUUCCUGCGGACUCACCCGAUACACACCUUUAUGCCGUGGGCGUCGGGAUGAUGGCUUUAGGGCUUGUGCUGUCCGGAAUACUCGGCGCGAUGCAAGAGAAGACUUUUGAAUGGUUUGGUCCUCAUUGGCGUGAAGGCGUGUUUUAUACUCACGCACUCAGUAUCCCGAUAUUCGCGUUUCUUCUUCCCGAAGUGAAGCGCGGUCUCCUUGUUUCAUUCACAUAUUCCGCCACUGCGCGCCUCACUCCUCUGGGCACUCUCAUCGCUCUCAUCGGCAACCUGGUCACCCAAUCUCUAUGCGUCAAAGGCGUAAAUCGUCUCACAACCCGAAUGUCAUCCGUUUCGGCGAACCUCAUCCUGACCGCUCGUAAAGCGUUCUCCCUAUGCUUGAGCGUCUGGUGGUUCGGCGAUGGGUGGAAUACUGGCAUGACGAUAGGCGCUAGUCUUGUUUUCCUAGGGAACGAAUUCGCCACCCACCACGAAUGUGUGGGGACAACGGGAUAAGGUAUCUCCGCGCAAAAACCAUGAGCCAAGGGUGAGGGAACCACGGUUCUACGAGAAUGGAAGCAGUGCCCAUGCAUUGCGGCACGACUUCGCGGUCAGGCGGCGACCUGCAAAUGGAAAUCCCAUCAGAACACCGGAUCUCGACGAAUGAACGAGAUGCAGAUAAAUUUCAACCCGUUCUCGGUACAUUGAACCCACUCUCUCAGCUUCCGUUGGGACAUGCUAUAUUUUACCGAAGCUUAUAUGUAUUUAUUUGACGUUGGGGUACUAAUAAUCCAUUCAAACUUGUCCUCCCGAUACCCGCCUCGCCCGGACGACC